AGUCUCCUCCCCCCACCGCCCUUCUCCCUUCACAGAAGAACGAAUGAGCAAACUUCGAUGGAGGACAGCAGGCGGAGGGAUGCGCAGGCGCAGUGAGAGAUUACCUGUGUGUUUAUGCAAAUGAGCUUUCAAGGGAGAAGGGGCGUGCCGUAAUGUGCCCUCUCCAGGGAGUCUCUGCGGCUGCGCAGACAGGUUUUCGAUUCCGGUGAUGUGACAGCGGAGGCCACCAUGUCGGCAUUAUGUCCUCCUCCUUCCCCUGCGGUGGCCAAGACAGAGAUUGCGUUGAGCGGAGAGUCGCCACUGCUGGCUGCUACCUUUGCGUAUUGGGAUAAUAUUCUUGGCCCCAGGGUCAGACACAUCUGGGCUCCCAAGGCCGAGCAGCAGCUUCUCAGCGAUGGAGAAAUAAUAUUUCUUGCAAACCAUACUCUGAAUGGAGAAAUACUUCGUAAUGCAGAAAGUGGCGCAAUAGAUGUGAAGUUUUUUGUUCUGGCUGAGAAAGGAGUCAUCAUUGUGUCCUUAAUUUUCGAUGGGAACUGGAACGGGGACAGAAGCACUUACGGACUUUCGAUAAUACUUCCACAAAGUGAGCUUAGUUUCUACCUUCCCCUUCACAGAGUAUGUGUUGACAGAUUGACACACAUUAUAAGGAAAGGAAGGAUUUGGAUGCAUAAGGAAAGACAAGAACAUUUUCAGAAGGCUGUUAUGGAAGGUACGGAGAGAAUGGAAGAUCAGGGCCAGAGCAUCAUCCCAAUGCUGACAGGGGAAGUUAUUCCAGUAAUGGAACUCCUUUCAUCUAUGAAAUCACACAGCGUUCCAGAAGAAAUAGAUAUACGUGAUACAGUUCUAAGUGAUGACGACAUUGGAGAUAGCUGUCAUGAAGGCUUCCUCCUUAAAGCCAUCAGUUCCCACUUGCAGACGUGUGGUUGCUCAGUCGUUGUAGGUAGCAGUGCAGAAAAAGUGAAUAAGAUAGUGCGGACACUGUGCCUCUUUCUCACUUCAGCUGAGCGGAAAUGUUCUAGGCUCUGCCGAAAUGAAACCUCUUUCAAGUACGAGUCAGGUCUUUUUGUGCAAGGAUUGCUCAAGGAUGUUACCGGAAGCUUUGUGUUGCCUUUCCGCCAAGUAAUGUAUGCUCCGUAUCCUACGACGCACAUAGAUGUAGAUGUCAACACAGUAAAACAGAUGCCUCCAUGCCAUGAACAUAUCUAUAAUCAGCGGCGGUACAUGAGAUCCGAGCUUACGGCAUUUUGGAGAGCCACUUCAGACGAGGACGUGGUUCAGGAUACUGUUAUUCAUACAGAUGAAAGCUUCACUCCUGACUUGAAUGUUUUUCAAGAUGUCCUCCAUCAAGACACUCUAGUAAAAGCCUUCCUUGAUCAGGUCUUUCAUUUGAAACCUGGAUUGUCUCUGAGAAGUGUGUUCCUUGCACAGUUCCUCUUAGUCCUUCAUAGAAAAGCCUUAACUCUCAUCAAAUACAUAGAAGAUGACACGCAGAAAGGUAAAAAGCCCUUCAAAUCUCUUCGUAGCUUGAAGAUAGACCUGGACUUAACAGCAGAGGGCGAUCUCAACAUAGUCAUGGCUUUGGCGGAGAAGAUCAAGCCUGGUUUACAUUCGUUUCUCUUUGGCCGACCUUUCUACACUAGCGUGCAGGAACACGACGUCCUGAUGGCGUUUUAAUGAUGUUUUCGGUUGUAAGUUUCUAGAGGCUCUACAGGACUUUUUGAAAACAUCUGUCAAGGGAAUGUGGUAUUUCUCUUUGCAAGCCUGUGCAAUUGCUCAGUGCCAUUGAAUGUCAAGUCACACUACAGUUGGUGGAACAAAAGGACAGAUUGUGCUUUGGAGACAAGUCAUGUCAACUUAGGCACGCGUCCGAGGUUCCCUUUUGUUUAUAGACAGAGUAAAUAUUAUUGUGGCUGGAAUAAGUACUUACUUUAUGGGACCUUCUAACCCACCAUAUAAAGAGGACAGGGCUUAAUGGUUGUCAAGAGUAACACUGCAUUUACCACUUUUUAUUCCUGUGUGUGUGGCAUAGAACAAAUUAUUCAAUGCCCCUUUCAUAUCUUGGGGGGGGGGGGUUAUUGACAGAAAAACAAACAUGCUUGAAGAGAGUGUCUUCCAGCAUGCAUGUUAGUGUAAACAAUGUAAUACCCCUUUUCUUCUUCACGGAUCCUUCAAAAGCAACUGGAAACAUUGCAAUGCUAUCUAACCAUUUAAAAAGAGACAGGAAACCAAAUCAGAAGGCUGCAUGUUCCUUUUUAUUUUCAUCAUCACUGUUCUUUGUGCCAAGUCAUGUUACUGGACCAUUAUGCAUGUUGCACUGGUUAAUAACUAACAUGGUUGCAAAUCCUUAUGGCACAGGAAAACCAGGUUUCAUACUGAACACAGUCGUUGCUAAGCUUCAGCCGUGGAGCUGCUAAAUAAAGCCAAAUACAUUUAAAUCCCACUUGUUUAUGAAAUUGCCAAAUGCAGCUGGUAGCACAAUUUGAAGGAAGGAUAGAAGUACCAGAAUUCUGUUUCUUUGGCGCAUUAGUCUGCAGCAGCAUUAUGUUUGCCUCUUUCUUGCCUUUUGUUUGUAUUUGGGUGUGUGUGUGUACAUACACAUACACCACAAAUAUAUAUAUACACAAACAUACAUACAAUAGAGUCUCGCUUAUCCAACCUUUUGUGUUAUCUGACACUCUUAUCCAAUGCCUCCCGCCCCCCUUUUCCUCCAUCAUUUCUCCUUUAGAGGCUAUGUUUUUAGUUUCCUUCUUUCGUCCUCAUUUUGGCCGGUACCACUGUCUGGACUCCGAAGGAGGAGCCAGAGCAUAAUGGUUCUGCCUCUCCUCCCCCCAUGCACAGCAAUGGUUCAAUCUAAGUAGGAAGGAGAAGUUUUGGCUACAUGGGAGUUUGUAGGAAAUAUGGGAAGAGAAAAUAAGAGAAAAGAAUGAAGAUGGGCAGUUGUCAUGAGGAUUUGUGGAAUUUUACUAUCUACCUUUUCAUUACAAUUCCUUAUUUGAUGCUCUUUUUUCCCAUUAGAGUGAGUCCUCUCCUUGUAUCUGGAAAACCAAACAGAAGGAGAACUCACUCACUAAUGAUCUCCGCCAGGACAGAGAUAUGGAAACUUCCAUAUUAUCCGACAUUUUCAUUUAUCUGACAUCCUGUUUAUGUCGGAUAAGCGAGAUUCUACUCUGUGUGUAUAUAUAUAAUUUGACCAUUUCCUACUGCCUUGGAUCUUGCUUAACAAAUAAUGUUUUGAUGAAUUGGUUAAAAUCUCCAGGUUUCGCGGAUAAAAAAUGCAAACAUCUGCCAUUUUACUGCAUGUACUUGAUGUUUCAGCACAUGGUGCCAUUUUAUUUUUCUUAAUUUGUGGUGUGUUUUGUUUUGGGUUUUUGCCAUAUGUUUUUUUAAGUGCAAUAUUUUUGUAUUCCUCUGUGAUUUGGGGGAAGCUCUCUUUAAACAAAAUCGCUAAACUUGUCAGAUUACAGCUUUUCUUUAGUCUAUUCCUGAGCCAUUCAGUUUCAUGAAAUCUUACUUUUUAUUUGUUGUGAUCCAGUGGCUGUGACUCAAGAUGGUGGCAGUGAAUUCUGUGGAAAGAUUUCCCCCUUGUAACUGUUGCAUCUUGAGAAUUGGUGUGUGCCAAACUUUCCCCAUUAGUAAGAUGGAGUAAGACAGCCAAGUCUUUGCUCUUAUGGAGUUCGCAAUCGCACACGUCUUUUCAUUGCGGCCUAUAAUUCUUAAUUUAUUAAGAUGUGCUUAUGUCAAAAUACGAAAUAUUAUUGCAGAGGAAGGCAACACUGCAGUCAGACUUUCCUCUUACUGGAAAAUAAUAAAAAUGGGACAAACUAAAACAAGAAAGAAAGAAAGAACUCCCUGCCCUACAUUUUUGUGUGGAGUUCUGCCUAGGGCAAGAAAAAAUAUUUGGGAUUAAAAUUGCUUCCCAACGUUAACAGUAAUGAGCAUCUCCGGUCUCUACUGGACUGCAAAAGACAAUAAGUCAUCAAAAAGCUCAAAGUUUUAAGCUCUAUGUAGUCUUUUGCAUUUAUUUUGCAAGGUAUUCAGUACAGGGUAUCUCUAUGGGUUACUGAAGACAUAAAUACUGCAAUACAAUGCCUGAGAUGAUUACAUGAUUUUCUUAAAUACUUUUUCUGGUUUGGUGAUCUCUGUUAUUAGUUUAAUGGUACCUUACAUACUGCACAACUAUUAUUCUAAUUGUAAUUAGCUGGACGUACUGCUCUUUCUUUGUUUACACAUUUACUUAGACACUACAGGUUUAAUCUUGUGUUUGGAGUGAAGUUUGAAAGAAAAAUAAUAUAUGAACCCUGUAUUCAGAGUCCCUGAAUAUAUAUUUCAUACUUUCCAGUCUUUUCAUGGAAAGGUGCUUGAAAAAUAAGUGGGAGAAUUAUUAAUAGCACACUCAAGUAAUAAGACAAAUGCCAUUUAUUUGCCAUUGCCUUGAAAUUUCCCAAUAGGAGGUCAAGGGUUGGUCUCCCUUUUUAAUUUUGCUUCUUAAAGUGGUUUACAUUAGCUUUAGCCUCUUAUGAGUUGAGUGCAAGAGAUGUUGCUACACUGAGACCGCAUUAUUGAAUCACAUGCCUAAUUGUGGGUUGUUCAAUUUUGAUAAAUACCACUGGAAUUACUAAACUGAAAGCUCUGUAGCUUGAAACACAUCGUACUGUCAGCGUUUUCCAAUGUGAAAUGUCUCAAUGGUGAAAACGUGCUCCAAAUCUGAAUGCACUUGUGCCAUGUAUGCAGAGCAUAAUAAAAGAUUAAUACCUCCUUA